UUUUCGUAGCAGUUUUAGGAGAACUUACGCAGCAGGUUAGGAUAAUUAAGUUAAGGUUACGAAAAUGCAACAAACAAACAAAAAAUAUAUACUUUUGACGUCCAUUUGACAAAAGCAAUAUACCUUCUAGACAUUACCCAUUGAGCCUGCGGAUGUUGAAGGAGGAGUCGAUUCAGUUCUCGUUUAUUUUCCCACACCGCUUUCGAGCACUUGACGCUUCUACUCUUCUCAAGUUACAAUCCCAACACUAUUCCACAGCUCAAUGCAACUUCUGUUCUUAACGCGGAAUCAACCAACCCUCCACCAGCUUGUUAUUAAGACAAUUCGCUAGUUAAUGUUUUUUCUCAAACCCUUCUGAGUAGGCUACUUUUCGGCAGGUGUUUUGGGCAGAGUGCCCGGAAGAAAAAUGUCCAAUGGGAAAGAUGCACCUGCGGCAGCGAAUGUGUGUGUGCGCGCGCAUGCGCAGCUCCUCACAGAUGACCCUGCAGGUGUGCCUUGAGGAGUGUAUGGAGGCCCUGGACCUCUUCCUCAACAACCACUUCAGUGAGAGCCUGGACAAACUGCGGCCACGGGCGAAGGAGAGCAUGUACCAUGCUCUGAUCUACGCCACUGUGCUGGAGAUGCAGGCUAUGAUGACCUUCCAGCAGGAUGACAUCGUCAAUGCAGGCAACACCAUGAAGAGUGCCCAGGAGGUCUGCCAGAGGUUUCGACGAAAGUCCCCUAGUAAUAUCAGUAAAUCACCUGGAGAGCAUCUAACUGAAGAGCAGCUCCAAGCUCUCCAUGCUGAUGCGUGUUAUGCUGAAUGCUUGCUCCAAAGGGCUGCUCUCACCUUCCUACAGGAUGAGAACAUGGUGAGUUUUAUCAAAGGAGGAAUCAAAGUACGCAACAGUUACCUGAUUUACAAGGAGCUGCACACCUUCAUACAGUCAAACAGCUCUCUCCAAGGACCCAACCACAUUCAUUUAGAGGGAGGGGUGUCUUUUGGGAUCGGAGCAUUCAACUUGACUCUUUCCAUGUUUCCACCUCGGUUACUCAAAGUUUUAGAGUUUGCUGGCUUCUCUGGAGACAAGGAGUAUGGUCUGUCCCAGCUGAAUGAUGGUGCCACUACAAACAACCUGCGGUCCAUGCUGUGUGCCCUGCUGUUGCUUUGUUACUACACCUUCCUCACCUUCAUACUCGGGACCGGUGAGGGGGACGUGGCUGAUGCUGAGAAGCUGCUGAAGCCUUUCCGGCUCCGCUACCCACAGGGGGCCAUAUUUCUCUUCUUUGCAGGCAGGGCUGAGGCAAUCAAGGGGAACAUUGAUGAGGCGGUGGUGCUGUUUGAGGAUGGCUGCAAAGCUCAGCAGCAGUGGAAGCAGUUCCACCACAUGUGCUACUGGGAGCUGAUGUGGUGCUUCACCUACAAGUGCGUGUGGAGGAUGGCCUACUUCUACGCUGACCUACUGAGCAAUGAGAGUCGCUGGUCCAAGGCCAUGUAUGUGUACAUGAAGGCUGCUUACCUGAGCAUGCUUGCUCCGGGGGAGGCUAGGCCUUUUGGGGAAGAUGAGGUGGAGCUCUUCAGACAGGUGUCCACCUUCAAGCAAAAGAUAGCAGGGAAGUCUCCACCCACAGAGAAGUUUGCCAUUCGCAAGGCUAGACGUUACAAAGCUAGCUGCCCAGUGAGGCUCCCAGUACCUGUGCUGGAGAUGAUGUACAUGUGGAACGGCUUUUCCAUGAUCAGCAAGCGGCCAGAGCUGACCGAGGGCAUGCUGCAAACACUGGUGGAGGCAGAGCGCACCCUUCUGGAAUCUCCCGCGAAUGAGUAUUCAAUGGAUGACCGCUGUGUGAUCCACCUACUGAAGGGGCUGUGUCUGAAGAACCAGGGACACAUUCGGGCUGCAGAGGAAUGCUUCAACAAGGUGUACAACAGUGAGAAGAAGAUCAAGUUUGACCAUUACCUAGUGCCCAACGCUCUGCUGGAGCUCAGUGUGGUCUACAUAGACACGGGCCGCAAGGAGGAGGCCAUCAAACUACUGGUGAAAGCCAAAACUAACUACAAGGAGUACUCCAUGGAGUCACGCACCCAGUUCAGGAUCCAUGCUGCUCUCUCCAAACUCAAGGCUGACACUAGUGACCAAGAUGAAAUCACACCACUGUAGUAUAACCGGUGUCAUUGUGCUGAGCAAGCACUGGACUUGCUUCCCCUGCCAUCUGUAGAUGCUCCAGGAAGACUUGCUCUCUUUUUCAUCCUCAGCCACUUUGAUCACUGCCUCCCAAAUGUUACUUGCUUUGUGGUGAAAGUCUCCGUCCUUCAUGGAUGGUGGUCUCUCCCUGAUUAAAACACUUGAGUUUUGAAUGGGAGUUGGUAGAAGUUGCCUCUACCUGCUGGUUCUAGAUCAGAGGCAUUUUAUCCACCUACUGGGUGAUGAACACCCAUGGUUAGGUUCAGAUUCUAUCUUCAGUGUUUGAAUGUGUGGUACUUACAUCACUGUACUGGUUACCCAUAACAGUAGUUGGGAGGCAGUUGCUCAAAACCAUUUGAAUACAGUAUAUCCACUUUUUUUGUGGGGGAAAACAUGUUGAAAUGAACUUCACAAUGGAAGUAAUGUUUGGAUAUGUGAGGUAUAGUUUUGCUUUUAACUUCUCCAAAAGUGAUUGAGUAUUACUGUAAGCAGUUUGACAAAAGCAUCCCUUUGGUGAUAACUGAAUAAGACAGACAUACGAAUACAUAACGUAUGACAUUGCUUUGAUCCCAGAGUUAUUUUAACAAAUGUAUUAACAUUUAUGUAGAAGGACCUUUAAUAAUCAAUAGGUCAUGCUACAUUUGUUUUAUGUAGUUGUCCCUGCUGCAAUGUACAGAGGAAAGUAGUCAGUUAAACUUAUUUCAACCUCUGAUAGUGUAAACAUUAUUUUAAGUAAUGAAUGUCAAUCAAGACCUUGUGCAAAGAAAGGUGUGGUCAAACAAUUUGAAAAACAUGAUUAAAUAUGUCCAUUUGCUAGAAUCCCUCAUUGUUUUAUAUUUUACUGGAGCGUAUCUGAAAGAGUGUAACCCAUCCUUGUCCAGAUUGCCCUAUAAAUAACAAACUGAUGAAGAGGUGACUUUACAGAUAAAGAUGUAUGACUGGUACCUACAUGGAGUGUACAAAACAUUACAAACACCUGCUCUUUGCAUGACAGACUGACUGCGCUAUGAUCCCUUGUUUAUGAAGGGGAGGAGAUGGGUUGAAGGAUUUUUAAGCCUUGUGAUAAUUGAGACAUGGUUUGUGUAUGUGCACCAUUGAGGGUGAAUGGGCAAGACAAAAUAUUUAAGUGUCUUUGAACAGGGUAUGGUACUGGGUGCCAGGCGCACCAGUUUGUCAAAAACUGCAACGCUGCUGGAUUUUUCACAUUUAAGUUUCCUGUGUGUAUCAAGAAUUGGUCCACCACCCAAAAGACAUCCAGCCAAAUUGACACAACUGUGGGAAGCAUUGGAGUUAACAUUGGCCAUCAACCCUGUGGAACGCGUUAGACACCUUGUAGAGUCCUUGUAGAGUCCAUGCCCUGACAAAUUGAGGCUGUUCUGAAGGCUAAAGGAGGUGUAACUCAGAUAUUAGGAAGGUGUUCUUAAUGUUUUGUAUACUGUGUAUAAACUUACCUGCUACUUCCUUGAACUUAAUCAGUGGAUCAUGACAUCUCACCCAGUGUCAAUCAUGGGGCAGCAGGUAGCCUAGUGGUUAGAGCGUUGGGCCAGUAACUGAAAGGUUGCUGGAUUGAAUCCCCAAGCUGACAGGUAAAAAUCUGUCUUUCUGCCCCUGAACAAGGCACUGUUCUCCAGUAGGUUGUCAUUGUAAAUGAGAAUGUGUUCUUCACUGACUUGCCUAGUUAAAUAAAGGUUACAUACACGGUCUGCACAACAGUGUGCACUAUGUAAGGCCAGGGGAUAAAUAUUUUUACACUGAAAUUAAUUUUGUGAAGUCAGCAUACAAAUACACAAAACCUAUAAUACAUACAUGAUCUAAUUGUAGGGUGUACACCUAAACUCUUGGGGCCAGUAUCCCAGACACAGAUGAAGCAUAGUCCUGGACUAAAAAUAUAUUUUCUAAUGGAGAUUCUCUAUUGAACAUGCUUAACCCAGGACUAGGCUUCAUCUGUGUCCGGGAAACUGACACCUUAUGGUUGCAAUGAUAUUCAGGUAUUUUUAACAUAUUGAGUCAGACUGAGGGUAUUGAGACCAUGACCAGACCAAGCCUGCAUUUACUUGGUCUCAGACCAACUCUCAAAAUCAAGACUUUGAAUUUCUGGUGUACACUAUAUACAGCCUGCCGAUUUCAUAUGGUUCUGGAUGGUGGUUUGCUAACCCCAUGCCUAGCCUCAUCCCUCUGUAACUAGAACCUAACUUUAACCAAUUAAAAUCCCUGUGUCUUUG